CAAGAUGUUAUAGAUUUACCUCGUGUUUAUUCUUCUGGCAUAGCGCGCAGGCUACUGGCAAAGGGCAAUCGCAAGUCACCCUCAAAGGAAUAACUAAAGUUUAUAUGCCCCUUGGUGGUCUCUCCUAGUUUACCGUUCCUUGGGCUUUCGGAUCAUGCCUCGGUUUGAACGCCCGGGCGCUUCAAAGCAAUGUAAGGUUUCGUACGCCGCCUUCUCAACGCCAAGUUUACGUACGUUACUUGAGCCUUCUGCAAGACUCGCCACACCGGCUGCGGCUGUAGUGCUGAUGGGGAAAGGUGGAGCUGUGGCGCUAUUGUUGGUGGUUUUUAUGACCGUGACGUUUGUGAUUAGCACCGAGCUAAUUGCGGUAUUGAGUAUUGGGCAGGUUUGGUCCAUGCACAAACUUCUGCGCACACACUCAAGGCUCGAUGUGAGGUCGUACGACAUCCACCGUACCUACCGGCAUUCGCAGGCGACAGGUGCGGUGAUUGUUCAUGUAUCACACUACGCGAUUUAUGGAUGGGUAAUAUGGAUGGGGUGCUGGGCGACCAUACUCCACCAAGCGAACAAACGUCGACCCGGUUUGGGUGAGAACAUUCCCCACUAUGUUCAGUGCGUGAAUAGUCCUGCAGUUAUCCCUAUCAUCCUCAGGGUAUGGCGGUCGAGCCCGCCGGGCUUUCGUAUGGCUAGGCUAUUCUCGGGCUAAUCCUCGGGAUGCUGGCAUGAAUGAUCGGCUGCUGGAAGAUGAAUGGAGAGCAUUUUUCGGUUCCGUCUGCGAAGAUCAUCGUCACAAACUCA